UUCUGCUUUGUGUCCACGACAAGGUGGACGUCACGCAUUGGACGUGUUGCACAAACGUCUUUUUGUCUGUUGCACUUUCUCGAUCAUUGGCGAAGAUGCUCACUUUCCCCUAGCGCUUAAUGAGCAAAAUGAAGAAAAGAAGAAAACAAAAAGUAUCGGUUUUUCACUGGAAUAUCUCACAUCUGGAUCUGUCCUUAGCAUCGAGUUUCUGAGAGCAAAUCUACGAAACGCUGGAAAACUUGAAUGCUCAACUAGAAACUUGGUGAAAUCGAAUGGCGGCGGCACCAAUAUAACGGCCGUUUUGCAGAAACCCUUUUUUCCCCUGGUGGAUCGAAACCCAAACAUGGGACACAAGCUGAUUGCGACCGUUCUUUUCCUUUUGAUCGUCACGGAGUUGCUAGUCGACACCGCUGCUUUACCUGCGCCCGACAAACGUCAGUUUCUACCUUGGAUUCGUCCAAAACGUGAAAAGAUUCAGGCCAGCUCACCCAUCAAGACUUCUCUGCCUGAAAGCCACGGUUCGAAUAAUGCAGGCCCCAUCGGGGGCGAUUUUUCGCCAAUCGAUGUUGAAGAUGCUGAAGUGAGAGAAAUUGCCAAGUUUGCUACGGCUGCCAUAGCCAGCAGCCGCAAUUCAGGACCUCUGCGUGUCACGAAAAUUGUCAAGGCUGAGUCGCAAGCUGUUGCAGGUACAAACUACAAAUUGACUCUGGAACUGAAUCAGCUCGUCUCUGAAGGAGACAUUGUUUGCGACGUCGUCGUUUUUGACCAGCCUUGGACCGAUACUCGGAUUCUCAGCGAGUCCCAUUGCAUUUCGAACAAGAAUCCAUCAAUUUCAUCCAACGAACUUGGUUUGACUAGCUCCACCACUGCUGCCACACCGCUGACUGAAGCUCCAAAACGUCAACUUCCCAACGUUUCACGGCAAAUCGGCGGAGGAUUUUAUCCCAUUGAUGUGGAUGACGCUGGCGUCAAGGAAAUGGCCGCUUUUGCUGUUUCCAGCAUAGCUUCCAGCAGGAACUCUGGGCCAGCUCAGCUUACAAGAAUUGCCGCAGCCGAAUCGCAAAUCGUUGCUGGCACCAACUUUAAAUUGACGCUCGAGCUCCACCAACCUGUCGCUAUCGUCGACAAAGAUAUCGUUUGUAAAGUGGUCAUUUUUGAUCAACCGUGGACCAAAACGCGAAUACUUAGCGAAUCGAACUGUACCAAGAAUGAGAACCCAAAUGAUUCCAUCGUGGACAUCCCAUCUGACGUUGAAUUUCUCACGGGAAGUGAACAGGACACAUCCAACACACCAAACAAGCGCCAUAUUCCUAGCAGUCCGUCCAACAGUGGGUUUUUCAUACCAAAUCCCGAGCUGACUUUAGUCAAAAAAGGGCAAACUUCUGAACGUUUGAUUGGCAGCGGACUGACCAAGACCAAAGUCGUAGAUGGUCAAGUUAACACUGGUACCGUGAGUUCGCUCGAUGACGUUUCGCUGGUUGAUCUAGCUGAGACUUUGUUCAACAACAGCCAAAUUGUGAGCGUAGGUGUCCCGGCUCAGAAUGGGUUCUCUUCGAUCGACGUGAAUGACCCUGACGUCAAGGAAAUUGCUAACUAUGCCGCAACGGCCAUUUCAUCGAGUAGAAAUACCAUCAACCUGAAAUUACAGAAAAUUCUAAGCGCCGAAACGAAAACUUUGGAUGGAACCGACUUCAAAUUGCAGUACAUACUGACACUGGAGCUGGAUCACUUUAUCGCCGGAGCCAAAGGAGAAAAUCUUUUAUGCAAAGUGAUUGUUUUUGAUCAGAAAGGAACGGAACACCGCAAAAUGACCGAUUCCCUUUGUUUACCCAUUAAAAACGCAACAAUCACAUCUGCUGACGAGGUCGUUAUUGACACUUCAACACCAAUUUUGAGCGGAUUUUCUGCCAUCAACGUGACGAGUCCUGACGUGGCGGAAAUGGCUGAAUUCGCUGCCUCUGUUAUUUCUUCCAGCAAGUCGGGCCCCGUCAAACUCACCGAAAUCGUCAAGGCUGAAUCGCAAAUUCACGCGGCUGGCAGAAACUAUAAACUUAGUCUCAAACUGGACAACACGAUCAAGGAAGGUUCAAAAGGCAACCUCCUUUGUGAAGUCAUUGUUUUCUAUCAGACAUGGACCAACACCCGUAUCCUGAGCGAAUCCAACUGCCUGCCAAUCAAAACAUCAACGGUCGCUGGCCCGCGGUAUGUCCCUCGUUACAAAGAAGAUGUUUCACUCCCAAUUUCUCAGAUCCCCGUCACUCCAGCCCCGAAUGUCACGGACCAAUUUUUUCCGAUCGAUGUGAAUGAUGCAAAAGUGAGAGAAAUUGCCUCGUUCGCUACCGGUGCCAUUUCUGCGAAUAGUGACUCGGGACCCGUUGUACUGUUGAGAAUUCUCAGGGCAGAGUCGCAAGUGGUGGCCGGCAAAAAUUAUAAACUGAUCCUAGAACUGUUUGGAGCUGACAGAGAUAUUCUACUUUGCGAUGUGAUUGUUUUCGAUCACCCAAAGAAGAAAACUCGCAUAUUGACCGAUUCUAAAUGCACAUCAAACAAGACUCCAUCCGUUAAAAUCCAGGAUAGUCCUGGUCCCAGCACUUCGGCGCCAACAGAAAUUGAUUUCAGAAAUACCGAUUGGACUCCGUUCACGAAACGUCAGAUUCCUGGGAUUCCAGCUGGUCUAUUAACUUCGGGUGGAUUCUCUCCGGUUGACGUGGACAAUGCCGAAGUCAAGGAAAUGGCCAACUUUGCCACUAGUUCCAUUAACGGCGCAAGCGAUAGUCCCAUCAUUUUACAAUUGAUUAAAGUCGUCGAUGCAGAAACAAAAUUCCUUUUUGGCAAGAACUUUAAAUUGAUUCUGAGAGUGAAAAACAUGGUCAAGGGAGUAGAAGGUGAAAAUCUUCUUUGCGAGGUGGUUGUCUUUGACCAAUCGUGGACCAACACUCGCAAGCUCACCGAGUCCACUUGCUUUGGAACUCGCAAAAACACAUAAUAACCAACUCGAUUCAAAGUCUUGUAUUUCAAGUUAAGCGUGCCAGCUGUAUUUGUUACUCAAUUUUGUUGCGAAACGUUCUCCAGUAAUUAAAAUUAUUCAUUCAAUUCGCGUCCUAACUGGUAUGGGGCUCUUCUUUUCUCCUGAUGAAAUACACACCAAUUUGAUAUUGGUAACUUAUCCGUACAUAUUGGCUUUCUUUAUGCAUUUUUUGUUUGUUUGCUGCUUGUGGGAGUUUUAGCAACAAGUUUAUGCUUUAUCAAGGUGGGCAUUUCAAUUGCUAACUUUGUUUAAAUUGGGGAAAUAACUUUCCUUUUGUUUUCCUUCAGUAGCUGUGGUAACCAUUUGGUUAAUUUACCCACAUCACGUCCCAAGCAGAUUGCCGUCAUCACGUUGAUCAAGAACGGUAAAGAGUAUGUGCCCAUCUCUGUCUAAUUCAAUAUUGAGAACGCAUCACGCUGCCUUUUCGUCAACUAUUGCUUCAAGAGGAAAAGUUGUUGUGCCUUAUGAAUACUAGUAUAACCCCAUCCCUGAUUCCUAUUGUGCUCUAAUUUCAUUUCAUCCUAUAUAGGACCUUGCGUAUCACUUUUAUCCACAUUGACUAGCAAUAGGUUUUCGUUGCCGGUAGCAGUUUGUUCGUUCUGAUCAAAGCUCUUCCAAGCAUUUGCCAUGGUAACGGCGACGCUCUCUCUGUUGGUGUUUGUAGCAUUCAUCGUAAAUAGUGCUGGCUCGGCUUCGCUACACAAAGCGAACGCAACAGAACCGCUCACCGAUGGAUACUUAUCCAUGAACGUCAGCGAUACCAACACUGAAAAUGUUGCAAUCUUUGCUGCCCGCACGAUAUCUUCAGCCUACCUGUCGGAACCGGUGAAAUUAAUCAAGAUUGUCAGAGCAGAUUCUGAAAUAUUCGAUACUAACGGUGUUAAAGUCAACAUGACUGUGGAACUGGAAAAGGGAGUUGACAACAUUCUUGUUUGCGAAGUACUUGUCUUUAGUAACACUGGCCAAGAUGCCCAAUGGACCAGGGAUGAUCUAACGCUAAUUGAUUAUACAUGCUCCGCAGUUACAAAAGUUUCAGUCGUAGUGUGGCAAGAAAACGUGUUACCAGUCAGCCAAAUAUCGUCGGUUCAUCUGAACGAAACUAAAAUCAACGAUAUCGUUGAUUUUGCCACAGAUGCGAUUAUCAUCAGCAUUAACGCUGAAACUACGCUGAAUCUCGCUGAAAUUAUUAAAGCUGAAUGGCAGGCCACCUCGACCAGUAUAAAUUACAAGUUAACUUUGAAGCUAACGAGUCUUGACGGAGAAGACUUCUUUUGCGAAGCUAUCGUCUCGGAGCCUAUAGUUGAGGAGGUGACAAAGACUCGCGAACUUUCCUACUUCAACUGCUCCUUAAAUGAUGCAUCAUCCAUCGAGUUUGAAGUGGAUGUUCCUGAAAAAGCCAUCCUGUCAAAAUGGGUUUCUCCAUAAAAUAUUUUCUUUUUUCUGUGAACAAACUUCUCUACUUUUGUAGUACGAGUCUAAUUUUGGUCUUGAAAUUAAUUGCGCGUACAAAUACGGCAAAAUUUUGAAAGAGAACUUGAAAAGGGAAAAUUAUCUAAAAAGUUGCUUGGAAAACAAAUUACCUACUUUCCCCCAUCUCUGUCAUUACAGGUUGUCGCAUACUUUGCAUUGUCUUCGUUAAAAUACAUAUUUGGCUAUUCUA